UAGUGACAAAUAUAAAGCGAUCGGAUGAAGACCGGAAAAAUACUGCUUUGCAAUCGCCUGAUUUCUCAUAUAUUUUUAGCAAAGUGGAAAAGUACGGUCAAAACUGAAAUUGAAGAUCAACCAAACACAGACGCAACAUUAAGGACUGCAGAAAUUGAAAAGAUGUUUAAAAAUAUUCACAAACCUGUUACAGAAUUUACUUAUAUUUUAAAUCAUGUAAAUACAGUAAAAAUAGAAAAUAUGUUUAAAGAUGCUUGUAAGCGUUAUAGGCAUUUCCCAUAUGUUUUUAGCAACGUUAUAAACGAACCGGAUAGUACAGAUACAUUGGAAAAAAUUAAUGAAAUGUUCAUUGAAAAUUGCAAGCAACCAUGCAAUUUUCCUUACAUUUUUAAUACUUCCAACAAUGUUAAUACAAAACAUAUGCCUUGUAAAAAUAUUAGAAGAAAUGUUAAAGAAUACUCCUAUAUAUUUAGUAAAACGUCAGAAGCAAUUUUAACCAAUGACGAGGAAUUUAAAAACAUUUGCAAACAAACAUGCAUGACGGAUGAUGAAUUAUCAGUUGUUUUUAACAAAAUUGUAUUUAAAAAAUCGAUACAAGACUUUCAAGAAGAUAGCUUAACGAGGUUGAAGGAAAUCAGUGAUUUGCUUAAAGAGUCUGUGCGAAGUUUGAACAGUGGUAAAUAUAAGUUUAAAUAUGUAUACAAGAAUGAAGUGAACAAUGACAUGGAUAAGAAAACAUCAACUGAUAUAAUUUAUAUUUAUACAAUAUGUGAUGCAUCCACCUCAACUGAUGACGUCGAUUGUGGAAGAAAUAAUAUAGGAGUCACUACAGUAUUUAAACAGACAUGCAAACAUAGAAGUGAAUAUACUUAUUUCCCCAGCGAAGUGGAGUGUCGAAAAGCUGAUGUAGUACAGAGAGCAAGCGAAACCACCCUUCAUGACCUAAAAAAGAUUUUUAAAGAUCCAUGUAAUUGCAUUUUCAAUAAGAUCGAUAUUAAAAUACCUCAUAAAGAGGAGAUAUGUAAUAUGAAAUGUGGAACAUCUGAUUCAACUAACUUAGUAGAGAGAGACGAUUUAGAAAAGCCUUCAGAAAUAUUAAAUGUUGUUGACAUAAACACAAUGUUCAAAGAUUCAUGCGUACGUAAGAACGAAUUCACUUAUGUCCUCAAUAAACCUACAAACAAACCGUCUUGUGAAUUGGCACGUAGAACAACAGAUUUAAGAUUACAGCAAAUGUCAAAGUUUGAAGAUUCUAAUAAAAAUGUUUGGGGUAACUUAAAUACCACAAAUAUCCAAAAAUCAGAACCAAAUCAGUUCAUGAAAACACCAAAUUUAAUUAAAAUAGACAAUAUGUUUAAAGAUUCAUGUGUACAAAAAAAUUCAUUUACAUAUGUACUAAAUAAUCUUCAAGACAAAGCAUCUUGUGAAUUAGCACGCCGUACUAGUGACUUAAGACUCCGUGAAAUCGAAAAGUUAUCUGCAAAUUCAAAAAAUAGUACCUGUGGAUACGACACAUGUAUUGUAUGUAAACCAGAUCGAUGCCUUAGUCCAAAUUAUAUAAAAAUUGAUAAAAUGGUUAAAAAAGCUUGCACACAAAAAAAUGAAUUUACGUACGUAUCCACAAAACUGGGCAAGAAGCCUGUCCAAUUAGCUCGACGAACAAGUCAUUUACGACUUCAUGAAAUUAGCAAGAUUAAUGAAUCUAAUUCGAGUAAGACAGCUGAAAGCGAGGUACAAGAUGCAGAAAGAAGUAAAAGUGAUUUUACCUGUUUGUUGCGCAAGGCUUUGGAGUCGAUAGAAAUGAUUAAAUCGAAUUGUGAAAAAUACAGAAACGUCGCAACAUUUUCUGACACAUCUAUGUAUGAAAAUGAUUAUAAAUACUUCUUUAAUAAAUUUGACCAAGCAAAAACAAGUGAUUUCGAAAAUGCCAGUAGUACUUGUUCAUUUGUUAACAAACGAAAACACAAAUUUUUGAUUCAAAUUCCGAAUCCUAAGUUUGACUCAGGGACCUUAGGUAUUGAAGUUAUGUGGAAAUCGGGCGGUGUGGCUGAUAAAAAUAUUGCACCUAAAAGUAUACAUUUAACAACGAGUUCAAUAACAAGAAUUUGUCCUGACAAUAGUCAAAAUGCAACCAAUCAGAAGAAAAGCUGGUGUCGAAGUAUCUGCAGCAAAUCUAGCAAAGUUCCUAGCGAGAAAAAUGAUAUUUCUUUGAUCAGAAGAAUGCUAGAUUCAGUCAAAAAUGUAUAUGUACCAUUCCUAAAAUCAUCUGUUUCUGAAGUAAAUAAGGAAGCAACUCAACCAAAAGCAGACAAUGUUAUUAGUUUAAUAUCGAACUCGACAACAUCCACAUACUCCUGGAAAUCCUGUGUUAUGAAAACGUGUCAGGCUGAUAUUGAAUGCGUGGAAAAGAAUAUUUCGUAUUCAGGUUUCUCUUAUGGGUCAUCUCUCGAUUUUGUUUCUUAUAAAAGUGAGGGUGUUGGUUCAGCGUGUAAUUCGGCAAUCGAGUAUACUAAUGUAGAGGAAAGUACUCCAUGCAAAUAUAUGAAAAAUUCUGAUGUUGUCGAAAAACUAUUAACAUUUGAUAUUGACAUGAAGUCAGGUAGUUCUUUGGAUACAAAGGAUUCUGUUAUAUCCGUCAAAAGAAGUCAUAGUAUUAAAUUUGAUCCAAACGUUUCUAACCACUGUCAGAAAUGUGGAAGAAGAAAAAAUAAGCCAAAAACAGCCUGUUCAAAAUGUAGUCUUACGCAGAACCAACAAGUUUACAGAUUAAGCAAAUCUCCGAUCCCAUCUUGUACAAGGAGGCAAAAUAAGAAUUUAUUAAAAAGAUCAUGUUCUUGCAUAUCUGUGUCCUCUCCAAGGUACGCCAAUGAACCGAAAGCUGAUUACUGGUACAAUGUUAAUAAACGAACAAAAUUCAAAUGCACUUCAACUGAAUGUCUUCGAGCAUCAGAACAAAAUGUCGACAACAAAUGUAAACAACCAAUUAGAAAAUGUCUAUCUUACGAUGAUAACGAUUGUUGCUGUUCCAAAAAUUCUCGAAGUUCUCAUUAG